AUGAAAGAUCCUGGGAGCUUCCAAAUCCCCUGCAUCAUAGGGGAUAUCGACAUUGAGAAAGUAUUGUGUGAUCUGGGAGCUAGCAUCAACCUUAUGUCCUUAGCCAUGAUGAAAAUAAUGAGAAUUGAAGAAGCCAAACUAACAAGAAUGACACUUCAAUUAGUUGAUAGAACAUUUAAGUUUCCUUAUGGAAUGGUGGAGGACUUGUUGGUCAAGGUGGGAGAGUUCAUCUUUCCAGCUAAUUUUGUUGUACUUGAUAUGGAAGAAGAGGCUAACACAUCACUCAUACUAGGAAGACCAUCCCUAGCUAUAGAUGGAGCUAUAAUUGAUGUACAAAAGGGAGAGUUAGUCUUAAGAUUACAUGAAGAAAAGAUGGUGUUCAAUGUCUUCAAAGCAAUGAGCUACCCAAAGGAAUCCAUUGGUGAAUGCAUGAUGGUGGACACAAUGGAGAAGAUAGUUCAAAGAGUCCUAGAAGAAGAUCAAUGUGAGGAAGUUUUGGAGCAAGACCAACAAACAGCAUGUGGUGAACUACCACAAGAAAUUAUAAAAGGCUCAAUCAUGCUGGACAAGGCAAGCAAGAAGGAAGUGGAAGCACCCAAUUUGGAGUUGAAAACCCUGCCUCCAAGCUUAAAGUAUGCCUACUUGGAAGACAAUGACACAUAUCCAGUAAUCAUUGAUUCAAGCUUGAGUGAGGAGCAAAAAGAGGAGCUUAUCAAUGUGUUGAGACAACACAAGGAUGCCAUAGGAUGGACACUUUCAGAUUUAAAGGGGAUCAGCCCUUCAAUGUGCAUGCAUAAAAUCCUUCUUGAGGAGGGUGCCAAGCCCUCAAGAUAG